CGGUAUCGAGAGGUUGGCUUGUGGAUAUUUCGCUUCUGGCAACGCUGUGCUGUCAUGAAAAUCUGAUUGUGAUUGAAGUGACGAAAUAAGUAAAACAAUUCUGAGUCAACUACAAGAAUUGACAGCUCUAGGAAAAUUCAAACCUUUUGCAAUUCUACGAGCAAAAUGAGUGCCGAAAUCGCCAGUUGCAGCAGCGAUCCAGCCAUUUCAAAUGUUGUCAUUGGUCUUAGUCGAAGCCAGACACUAUGCCGCUACUAUGUGCGGGGAAUAUGUCGUUUUGGGGAGCUGUGCCGCUUCUCCCAUGAUCUGAGUCGUGGUCGCCCCGAAACUGAAUGUGAGCAACAACCACAACAACAACGAGCUUCAGCCGAUGAAAAUGACGCUAAUCAUGUAAAACCAAGCACAAGCCAUGGCCACCGAAAUUGGGCAAAUGCACCGAUAUUUGUGCCUGGCCAGAAGAGUUACGACUCCUAUCAACAGAUCGAUAACGAUGAUCACGAGGUAUCCGAGGUAGAUGCAGAUGCUGCUGGUGCCGCUGUUCAAAGUGGGAUCUCAUGGGCCGAAGUUGUCGGCGGACCGUCAUCAAAUGAUGUAGGGACAAUUAAAUACGGGGAAGCUGGAUCUUUAGAAGAUAUUUGUCCAUACGAGAGUCCCUGUGCCUAUGGCGAAUAUUGUCCAUAUCGCAUUCACAUGGAGCUAUGCGAAAUGUGCGAUCAGUAUUGCCUGCACCCCACAGAUCAGGCACAGCGUAAAAAACAUAAUCGUGAGUGCUUGCAACAACACGAGCAAGCUAUGGAGCUCUCUUUUGCAAUUGCUCGCUCCAAGGAUAAAACAUGUGGUAUCUGCUUUGAUACCAUCAUGGAAAAAGCUGGCAGGGAGAAACGAUUCGGUAUAUUGCCCAACUGCAAUCAUAUAUUUUGCUUGGAGUGCAUUCGUACAUGGCGCCAGGCCAAACAGUUUGAGCACAAAAUAACGCGAGCUUGCCCAGAAUGUCGCGUAUGCUCGGACUUUGUCUGUCCCAGCGCCUUUUGGGUGGAAACUAAAGAAGAGAAAGACAAGCUCCUUAACGAUUACCGUGCCGCAUUGGGUGCCAAGGACUGUAAAUACUUUAAAAAGGGCGAAGGAAAAUGUCCAUUUGGUAAUAAAUGUUUCUAUAAGCACGCUCUUCCCAAUGGCGAUAUUGUCGAUGUUGGUUUACCAGUUCGUGCUCGAAAGUUGCAUAGAGAAAAUGAAAUAAUCGAUUUGUUGGAUAUUUAUCUAUGGGAAUAUGUUGAUCGACGUGAUUAUCAUUGGCUAGAGCUAUUUUCAAGUGAUAUAAGCGAAAGUUCCGAUUUCUCGGAUGAAGAGUAAGUCUUCAGAAUGAAGCGAAAACAGAAUUGUAGCAACCAAACCCUCAAAGCAAACAGAAGUUGGACACACAACCGCAUAUAUAAAACGCAAAAAGUAUGCUAUCGAGAUAUACAUAUAUAUAUAUAUAUAAAAACAAA